AUGACCGUUACUCAAAUGCAAGCAAAUGCUACAAGGCGACUCCACAAUUUCCGUACUAGAUCUCACUUUUCAAGAGAAGCGAAUUGGAUUUACGAGAUAACAUACUACUCGCAUGCCUCAGCAGUAGCACCCACCGUUACGCUGGAACGAUUUACACGAGCUUCAAAAUUCAAGGGAACUGAUCAACUUCUAAAGUCGGGGGAAGCUCCUGAUGCUGAUGCAAACGGUCUUAGAGAUGGUGCUCCGGAAACUCAAAAACGAUUGGAAGUCCCGCAUGUUGGACCUGGAUCGAGCAGCGCUCUCUUGGGAAUCAGAAGUCAGCAUAGUUUCGAGGCUCUUCAGGUUGAAACGGAAUCGGAUGCAGGAAAACGCGCGUCUGUUUACAAAACUGGAGCAAAAGAUUCCCCAGAAAGUCCCGAAAAGAAGGUCACCUGGACCGAGGAAGACGAUUUGAAAGCCAGUUCAGUCUCACUAAUCUCGCGUUCAUUUACGGAUUCGGAUAUAAUUUACCAUACGACGGAAAAGGUGGAUGAGGUUCCUGGAGCGGUUCACUAUAUUUCUGUCAACGGUCAGUUAGAUUACUCCGUGGUUUUACGAGCACUGUAUUGGGUCAGUACGGAACACAAGUCGACAAGAGUAUGCGUACAACUGCUUCGCUGUCUGUGUACGCUGUUUGAGAUGGAUAUCAUGGAUCACGCGUCAAGGCAAAAACAACCUCAAUUCAAAGCACGAAAGCCUGUCAGUUUGCAUUCGAAAUGGAAGAAAUUCAAGAAGUCUCCACGAGUGUCCACUAUUCACAAACUGCCAGGGUCGCCUCAGCCCCCGUUGUCGAAAGACGUUCCAAGUAUUCGAAGAACAAAGUUCAGCUUUCAUGGGGAUCGUUUAACAACCGGACCUAAAUCAGAAGGUGAAAUUUCGCCAACAGGCAAGCAAGAAGUGCAAAUGAAAGUUAGAAGGCGAAAUUCCGCAAUUAUUCUUUCAAAGAUUUCAACAUAUGCUAACAGCUUUGGUCAGCUAACUCUGGGGAUGGGAUCACGCGGGGCCGAAAGCAUCAUCAUUUCCUGCAUUCUUGGACCAUUUCUUCGACGGCUCGUACGAUGUCGUUCUGAACUGGUUAGUCAGGAGAACCUAUCACUUUUCGGCGAUAUUCGACAGCUUUUUACCUACCUUCGCGAAGUCCAUGGUAGCACGUUUCGCAGAAACAUGCUCGUAGCAAUGAUGUGCCCGAUACAACGAGCAUGUGAAAGGCCUCGACCGAAAAUGCCAUCCAUGUGGUCACGGAUGUCUACCCGCAAUUCAAUGUGGCUUCUGCCAAGGCAGGACAAACAACGUUCCAACAGUAUUUUCGCUGAGGCCAUAGUAGAUGAAUCAGCCAGUGUUGCACGCGGUCACAGGCUGACAAGUUGGCAUAACCUGUUACCUCGUGCCUCUCUCGUCGGUAGAGGUAUUCGUAUUAACAGUGGAUCAAGUUCGGCUGCCAUGAUGGACAGAGUAACGGACACGUCUCACGGUCGAGGAGAUGGUGAGUCGGCCGCCGCUCAGCAGCUUGUGGAGCACCGCUGGGUGAACGCACCAGCAUUGAAAGAAGGAUUGCUCGAAUUCUCGUUUCUAAUGGAGUGCUGUGAGCCAGGAACUAUAUUGGAGCCAGAACUUGUUGCUGCGUUAUUGGAUUUGGAUGCUCCGGUUGUUGCUAGAGCCUGUCUCCUGUUGGAAUGCGCAGCAUUUGUACACCGUUGCAAUCGUGGUGAAUGGGCAGGCUGGAUGAAAUUCAACUUACCGAGCUCCUUCCACCACAGUGCAGCAAGCAGUCACCCGACUAGCGUUCGCCCAAGUCCUGGAACAGGAGUGGGAAGCGGUGCCAGUGGUGGCAGUGGAACGAACGUUGAUAGUUCCGUUUCUGAUAUAGCGGCCCUCAAACGUAAUGCUGGCCGACUUUUUCAUGCAUGGGGAGAGUUUAUGUAUUUCAGUAAACCAGCUUAUAGCAAUGUCAGCUUGAUGCGCGUUUUCCCCAAAUUCGACUUUGUAGCUUCAGUGAAUCCGACGGGUGAUAGUUGCCCGUAUGCACUGCUUUCCGCCGGCGUCCAGCUUCUACUUGAAAUCACCGCUUAUCUGCGAGAAAUGCAUCCCCGCUUACCACAGCCAGUCAUAGACGAGCAAGCAUCACAGCCGGUGCGCCAGCCUGUAGGCGAUCAACCUUCUGAUAGUGGUCUCGUGGCCAAAAGACAGCAUUCCUAUGACCCUAAUGCUGAGAAGGCCGGAUCAUUCUCUAAGCACCUCAACUCGUCACCUUCACGCGCGGGUACCUCAUUCAGGGCAGCGCGACGACGCCUCAGUAUCCUCAUGCCAAUAUUCGGUUCGGGUGGAUCGAUGAAUGCAGAUGAGCCGGAAGUAGAUGCGGAGCAACCAGCAUUGCCAGGUAAGCUGCAUUCUUAA